AGACGUCUGUGCUGUGUCUUGCUUUUCCUUUGCUUUGAGGCUGGAGCCUGUCACCGAGACCCUCCAGGCAUCUGGGCGCUGUGCAGGCUUCUUAAUGACAUUACCCGCGUCUGGAUUCUGGUUGGUUUGCUGUAAAUUCUGAUGGGUUUUUACGAGUUGUGUGAUGGGUGGGGAGGUGGUGUGCUGGUUUGGUUUGGUUUUGGUUUGCUGGCGAAUGGAAAAUCUGAUGUGACACAUAAGAGGUCAGCCCCGUGAGUGACAGCACUCUUUCUCAGCUUUGCUCCCAGCCUCCACGGGAAGCAGCUGGGGUUGCUCCGCCCUGGGGUCUUCCAUGGGUACCCAGGGUGGGGGAUGCUUCGGUGAUCCACGCGUGUGUUUGAUCGGCAAGCCGGCAAGUCGGGAGGAUGGCGGAGCAGGGCUGGCUGUUGGAGGAGGAGGGAGGCACGGCUCCACCAACCCGCCUGCUUUCAUCCAAAGUGAAUCCUGAGUGCUCUGUGCCAGCCUCCCCCCGCCCUCUCGUGUCCUCCGGCACAAGGAGCCAGCCUCCUUUCUUCGUGUAAUUUCCCAUAGCGGUGCCUUACUUGAAAGCAUCGUAAAGAGCUGCAGAGGGUGUGAGAGCAGGUCGGAGAGGUGGGAGCCCUGGGUGCCGAUGGCUCCAGCCGGCGAAAGUGUGGAGAGCUCAUUCCAGGAAAAGUGGACUAGUCCCCGCGUUGGCUGGCUUUCAGGCGGGGUCCUUGGUGAAUUUUGUCAUGGUUAUUUAAGGAAUCUCGCCUAGAAGUCCGAACACGCAGUUCCCCAUCGACGGGAAGGCUUGGACUCCAAGAUGAUUAUAAAGGAAUAUCGGAUUCCUCUGCCGAUGACCGUGGAGGAGUACCGCAUUGCCCAGCUGUACAUGAUACAGAAGAAGAGCCGUAACGAGACGUUCGGCGAAGGCAGCGGCGUGGAGAUCCUGGAGAACCGGCCGUACACGGACGGCCCCGGCGGCUCCGGGCAGUACACGCACAAGGUGUACCAUGUGGGCAUGCACAUCCCCAGCUGGUUCCGCUCCAUCCUGCCCAAGGCGGCCCUGCGCGUGGUGGAGGAGUCCUGGAACGCCUACCCCUACACCCGAACCAGGUUCACUUGCCCUUUUGUGGAGAAAUUCUCCAUUGACAUCGAAACCUUUUAUAAAACUGAUGCUGGAGAAAACCCCAACGUGUUCAGCCUGUCUCCUGUGGAAAAGAACCAGCUGACAAUCGACUUCAUCGACAUCGUCAAGGACCCCGUGCCCCCCAACGAGUAUAAGACGGAAGAGGACCCCAAGCUGUUCCACUCGACCAAGACCCAGCGGGGGCCCCUGUCCGAGAACUGGAUCGAGGAGUACAAGCAGCACGUCUUCCCCAUCAUGUGCGCCUACAAGCUUUGCAAGGUGGAGUUCCGCUACUGGGGCAUGCAGUCCAAGAUCGAGAGGUUCAUCCAUGACACGGGCCUCCGGAAGGUGAUGGUGAGAGCCCACCGGCAGGCCUGGUGCUGGCAGGACGAGUGGUAUGGGCUGAACAUGGACAACAUCCGGGAACUAGAGAAGGAGGCACAGCUCAUGCUGUCCCGCAAGAUGGCCCAGUUCAAAGAGGACGACAAGGAGGCCGUGGAGAUGGCCAAGGAUGAGGCCGCCCAGGACCAGGCCCCCAGGGAGCCCCCCCAGCCCAGCAGCAGCACCGGGGAGCCCCUGGCGGGCAGGAGCCUGAAGAAGCAGUGGUCCACGUCCUCCAAGUCGUCGCGGUCGUCCAAGCGGGGAGCCAGUCCUUCCCGCCACAGCAUCUCGGAGUGGAGGAUGCAGAGCAUCGCCCGGGACUCGGACGAGAGCUCGGACGACGAGUUCUUUGACGCCCACGAGGACCUGUCCGAUUCCGAGGAAAUGUUCCCCAAAGACAUCACCAAGUGGAACUCCAACGACCUCAUGGACAAAAUUGAAAGCCCUGAGCCAGAGGACACGCAGGAUGGCCUGUACCGUCAGAGCAGCCGUGAGUUCAGGGUGGCCUCCAGUGUGGAGCAGCUGAACAUCAUGGAGGACGAGGUCAGUCCGCCGUUGGCCGCGCCGCCCUCCAAGAUCCACGUGCUGCUGCUGGUGCUGCACGGAGGCACCAUCCUGGACACGGGCGCCGGGGACCCCAGCUCCAAGCAGGGCGACGCCAACACCAUCGCCACCGUGUUCGACACCGUCAUGCGCGUGCACUACCCCAGCGCCCUGGGCCACCUCGCCAUCCGCCUGGUGCCCUGCCCUCCCAUCUGCGCCGAUGCCUUCGCCCUUGUCUCCAACCUCAGCCCCUACAGCCAUGAUGAAGGCUGUCUGUCGAGCAGCCAGGACCACAUCCCCUUGGCUGCCCUGCCCCUGCUGGCAACCUCCUCACCCCAGUACCAGGAGGCAGUUGCCAUGGUGAUUCAGCGGGCUAACCUCGCCUAUGGGGAUUUCAUCAAGUCCCAGGAGGGCAUGACCUUCAAUGGGCAGGUCUGCCUGAUCGGGGACUGUGUCGGGGGCAUCCUGGCAUUCGAUGCCUUAUGCUGCAGCAAUCAGCCAGUGUCUGAGAGUCAGAGCAGCAGCCGCCGGGGCAGCGUUGCCAGCGUGCAGGACACUGACCUGCUGUCCCCGGGCACGGUGGGCAAUGUGGCACAUGGUGGCGGUGGCGGUGGCGGCGGCUGCGGCGGCGGCGGCGGCGGCGGCGGCGGCAGCAACCUGGAGAGCAGCCGGCACCUGAGCCGCAGCAACAUCGACAUCCCCCGAAGCAACGGCACUGAGGACCCCAAAAGGCAGCUACCCCGCAAGAGGAGUGACUCAUCCACCUAUGAGCUGGACACCAUCCAGCAGCACCAGGCCUUCCUGUCCAGCCUCCAUGCCAGCGUGCUGAGGAACGAGCCCAGCUCCCGCCGCUCGAGCAGCUCCACCAUGCUGGAUGGCGCAGGGGCCGUGGGCAAGUUCGACUUUGAGAUCGCUGACCUCUUCCUCUUCGGGUGCCCACUGGGGCUGGUCCUGGCCUUGAGGAAGACUGUCAUCCCCUCCCUGGAUGUUUUCCAGCUGCGGCCUGCCUGCCAGCAAGUCUACAACCUCUUCCACCCGGCGGACCCCUCAGCCUCGCGCCUGGAGCCACUGCUGGAGAGGGGGUUCCACGCCCUGCCGCCUUUCAGCAUCCCCCGCUACCAGCGCUACCCGCUGGGGGACGGCUGCUCCACGCUGCUGGUCGAGACCGUGCAGAGAAACCCCGAGCUGGUCCUGGAGGGCGGCCCCCUGGCCCCGCUCCCUCAUGGGGACGGCUUCCUGGAAACCAGUAUCCCCGUUCCCGCGCUCACCUGGCAAGACGGGCCCCGCCCGAGCCCGGGCUGUGCUGAGUCGGAUGCACUCCAGACCCACAACACCGUCUUCCAAGAGCACACGGCCCCCUCCUCGCCCGGCACAGCUCCCACCACCCGAGGUUUCCGCAGAGCCAGCGAGAUCAGCAUCGCCAGCCAGGUGUCAGGCAUGGCUGAGAGCUACACGGCGUCCAGCAUCGCCCAGAAGGCCCCGGGGCUGCUCAGUCACACCCCCAGCGUCAGGCGACUGUCCCUGCUUGCCCUUCCCCCGCCAACCCCUGCCACCCCAGGGCCCUGCCCACAGGCCAGCCCCAGCCUGGAGAGGGCCCCCCGCCUCCCCAACUUGGACAUCAGAGAAGUUGCUGCAAAGUGGUGGGGCCAGAAGCGGAUCGACUAUGCCCUGUACUGCCCUGACGCCCUGACGGCCUUCCCCACUGUGGCCCUGCCCCACCUCUUCCACGCCAGCUACUGGGAGUCAACGGAUGUGGUCUCCUUCCUGCUGAGACAGGUCAUGAGACACGACAACUCCAGCAUCUUGGAGCUGGACGGCAAGGAGGUCUCAGUGUUCACCCCCUCGAAGCCGAGAGAGAAGUGGCAGCGCAAGAGGACCCACGUGAAGCUGCGGAAUGUGACAGCAAACCACCGGAUCAAUGACGCGAUCGCCAAUGAGGACGGCCCGCAGACUGUGACGGGCCGGUUCAUGUACGGGCCCCUGGACAUGGUCACCCUGACUGGGGAGAAGGUGGACGUGCACAUCAUGACGCAGCCGCCCUCAGGGGAGUGGCUGUACCUGGACACGCUGGUGACCAGCAGCAGUGGCCGUGUCUCCUACACCAUCCCCGAGACGCACCGCCUGGGCGUGGGCGUCUACCCCGUCAAGAUGGUGGUCAGGGGAGACCACACGUUUGCCGACAGCUACAUCACAGUGCUGCCCAAGGGCACGGAGUUCGUGGUCUUCAGCAUUGAUGGCUCCUUUGCUGCCAGCGUGUCCAUCAUGGGCAGUGACCCCAAAGUGCGGGCUGGGGCCGUGGACGUGGUGCGGCACUGGCAGGACCUGGGCUACCUCAUCAUCUACGUGACGGGCCGGCCUGACAUGCAGAAGCAGCGGGUGGUGGCGUGGCUGGCCCAGCACAACUUCCCCCAUGGCGUGGUGUCCUUCUGUGAUGGCCUGGUGCACGACCCACUGCGGCACAAGGCCAACUUCCUGAAGCUGCUCAUCUCCGAGCUGCACUUGCGCGUGCACGCGGCCUACGGGUCCACCAAGGACGUGGCGGUCUACAGCUCCAUCAGCCUGUCCCCCAUGCAGAUCUACAUUGUGGGCCGGCCCACCAAGAAGCUGCAGCAGCAGUGCCAGUUCAUCACGGACGGCUAUGCGGCCCACCUGGCCCAGCUCAAGUACAACCACCGGGCCCGGCCGGCCCGCAACGCGGCCACCCGCAUGGCACUGCGCAAGGGCAGCUUUGGCCUGCCGGGCCAGAGCGACUUCCUGCGCUCCCGGAACCACCUGCUCCGCACCAUCUCGGCCCAGCCCAGCGGGCCCGGCCACCGGCACGAGCGGACGCAGAGCCAGGCAGACAGCGAGCAGCGGGGACAGCGCAGCAUGAGUGUGGCGGCUGGCUGCUGGGGCCGCACCAUGGCCGGCCGGCCUGAGCCAGCCGCGGGCCCCAAGUAGGGCACCGUGAGUGAGGCGCUGUGGUCCCCAUGGUGCUAGGCCAGGGCGGCCCGCCCCGCCAGGAUGCCUGGGCUGGGCGUGUACAGUCGGCUGGGGCCAAGCUCGUCCCAUGGUCCAGCGGUGGGCACAGGCCGGGCCACACACAGUCCUCCCAGCCAUGCCUCAUGUCCUGGGGUCUGCAGCGUUCCAGCUUGUCGUGGAAGCUGGCAGGACGACCAGCCCCGGGAUGACGGAGGGACCAGGAACCCCUAGUGUGGACUGGCCUGGAAGGCCCUCCUAGACACUUGCCCUGCGUUGACCUCCCAGCAUCCUGACACCAGGCCCGGGCAUGUCCCGUCCACUAGCUCGCCCUGAUCCCCAGGUCCCCUCCCACUUGGUAGCAGCUCUGACGGGGGGACAGCCUGCUUCUUGUUAACUCAAGUUACUCAACUGUUCGACCUCACUGGUUUUGCACUGAUUUUUGAGAGGGGAGACCCAUUACCAUCUCCUAUGGCUACAAACUCGUUGGCAUGCAUGAAACUUCAGCAUUUGCUGAUCCACGACCUGCUGCCACACAGAAGGCUCCAGGGCGCCGAAUCCUUGUACAGUAGGAAAGAAAGGCCAUAUUGUAAUUUCUGCAGCUCCGCCUGGCCCGCCAGCCCAUGGGAGCCCCAGACCCCGGACCCCUUUCACCUGCCCCAGCUGGAGCACAGUCCGGCCGCCGGCCUGGUAUCAGCUCGGCCCUCGGCACAACCCAGACUUUGAGGCCGGUGAAGAUCAGCGGUGGCUCCUGAGAAGCCUGGCCUCGGGCCGUGGGGCCUGGACAGACCUGGAGGUCUUUUCCGCUCCUUGCUCCUUGCCCACCGUCAGCCGGCUCCAUGCCUGGGCCCGCCCUCCCGCGUUUCUACACCUUUCUACUUCUCCGACCUGAUUUCUAUGAGGUUUUUUUAAAUGAGCAAUCCUUGGCUGCUUCCUUUUCUUAACUCUUUCAGUACCAAAUGCAGCCCCUCCACAUGAAAACACCCAGCACUGUGACGGAGUCCAGCCUGGUUUUGGGUCCCAGGGCCCUGUCCCUGCCCAUGCAGCGGGCACGGGCUCCCUGCCUCACCUGACCCGUUAAUUCCACUGAAUUUCUACUCUGGGGUGAGUGGGGCACACACUUAGGGUUUUUUGUUUUUUUUUUUUUAAUGCCAAUUCCGUUUUGAUGCCGAAUCUAAGAAGCCACACAACUCGCUUAGUUAGCUUAAGGGCAGGCAGCCGUGACUUCAUUUCCUACCUGGUAAGGACCAUGCUGUCCCACUCGCUGGGUCUGAGCAUCAGCCCUCCCUCCCCAGAACCGAAAGCCGUCUCAGCUGUGGCCCUGGGGGGCCCUCUGCUGCUCCCCCACCUUCUCCGAGGUGGGGGACCCUGCCAGGCCCCUGACAGCUGUCCAGUGACCAGGCUCCUUCUGUGAGAAGCUGCUGCCAACCUGGAUAUGGCCCCAGGGCCUCGUGGGCUGGACAGGGAGGUGCACAGACGGAUGCUAACAUCUUCCCGUAUGUAGAUAUGUACAGCCAAAGGGUCGUGUAAAUGUUCUGCGAAAGUGGGUCUGUACAGAGCGAAAGCUAUUUAUUUUGUGCAGAGAAAAAUGUCUGGAGAGAUGGGACCUUCAGGGUUUAUUCAUAUUUAAGAUGUAGCUUUUUGUUGUUGUUUCAGGCGUUAUGUAUAAAGCGACGAUUAUUUUAUGGACCAAAUUUUAAUGUAACUGUUGCAGUGGAAGUGCAAUAUCUAACCCCCUGCCCCCAGCAGGAAUCGCUCGGCCCGACAAUCACAGCCCCGGCGAGGGCCCCGCGGCCAGUGCCUCCUGUCGGUCCCACCUCACCCCAUCUCGCCUACCGUCCCGGUGACCAGCCGUCCAGAGGAGCACCUGGAAGAGUCCCGGCCCGCCUGCAAUAAAGGCCGGGAGGCCGUGUAGGCAGCGGGCUUGGCCUCUCCCAGCGGGCAGCUCCGCCACGGCUCCGAGCUCCCCGCCUGCCUGCCCAGCCGCCAGCCAUGCCAAGGACAACAGCAAUAGUCCCCGGGCCUCUCCGGCGGCCCUCAGCCAUAGACGUGAGGUGGGCACCCACCCUCCCUGUUGGCGCCUCUCUUCUGUAUCCAGGUCUGCUUCCUGCCUCCCCGAAGAUUCCUUUUGGCACAUUAUCCUCUUAAGGAAGCACCAGUUUUUCAGAAACUAAGAGAGAGAGGACAGAGUCCUUUAAAAAUACCAAAAAUGUUUACAGCAUUGGGUGCUGAGCUGCAGGGCUCAGGCCCGACCAGUCGUAACCAAAGGGUGAGGCAGGCCUUGCUGACUGCCACCGCCCCCCAGCCUGUUAGAGUAGAAGCCUUAGUCCCCCCUCCCACCCCACAGCCCAGGACCGAGCCUCAGCCCGCCACCCGAGAUCUGACCACCUGCCUUCUCUUUGAUUUCUAAAGAGGGAUUCAGCAGAGACCCCACGCCCCUUCCCAGCUCGGUCUGAGCUACCCGCCAUGUCACACAGUCUUCACGUCUCGGCCCCUCCUGUCCGUCUGGGCCGUGUGUGCAGUGUCCUGACUCGCCCCGCCCACCCCUGCUGUCCCUGCUCCAUCGGGCCUGAGUGUGCUCUGUAUACAGUGUCCUUGUCUGUUACACCAAUUAAAGAAGCAGGAAGGCUUC